UUCUGCAAAGUCUAGGCAUGCUGACUUCCGGCGUCCGAAGCAACGUCGUCUGCUUCAGUCAUUAUGCCGUCUAACAAGCAUUGGUGCGUUGUACCAGGGUGUAAUUCGGACGGGAGAAAAGUUGGUCGGUAUCCCUUUAUGCAAAAUGUUCAGUAUUUUCCGUUCCCGGGUAUUGUUAGAAAGCCAAAACUUCGAAAAAAGUGGUUAGACCAGAUCAUGAGGAAAGACUACGAGGCAAAACCACAUCACCGUGUCUGCUCGCUCCACUUCAUCGACGGCAAGCCAACAGAUGAUAAUCCAGUCCCUACACUUUUCAGCAGAAACAAUUAUGGGAAACCCAAAGCAGUCAGAAAUAUGACGUCAAUUACAAAACGACAGGAACACCUACAGGUAGCAUCUAUACCAUCAGCUCUUGAAGAAAGAAAUCUUCCAUCUGAAGUUGACAUGGUGUUUUCCCCUCCAUUUGUUUGUACUGUUGAAGUUGAAACAGCUGUUCAUGCCAUAGAUUUCUGUGCUGAUCAUUCAUGCUUCUUCAAUGAAGAUGUGGAUAUGUCAAAAGACCAUAGCUACUCUGUAGGACAGAUUACAUCAGACACAGCUGUAGAAGUCAGAGAUUCUGCUGUCCAGACAGACUUAUCCAUGUGGGAUAUACAAGCUAAUUCACAGAAACUUGAAGACCUUGAACAGAAGCUAGGAAACAAGGAUGCUCUUUUGCGGAAUUUGUUUGUUGACAAAGUCACCAGAACAGAUGAGAGUGUGAUGCAGUACACAGGAAUACCAUCAAGGGAUUUGCUUUUUGGACUAUUUGGAAUAUUAAAUAGAGCUUCUCCUACACUGAAGUACUGGUCCGGCCAUGGAGGUACUAAAGAAAUGCCCAGCUACCAAGAGGAUUCACAAAAGCAGAAGAGUGGCCCAAAAAGAAAGCUGUGUCGUUUUGAAGAGUUCAUUCUAACUUUGAUAAAGCUUCGUUUGGCAUUGCUGACAUUUUGUUUAGCUGAUAUUUUCGGAAUUGCAAAAAGCAGAGUUUCUCAAACUUACAUCACAUGGAUUAACUUUAUGUUUGUUAUUUUCACUCCAUUAUUGAAGUGGCCUUCUUCCAAAAAAGUGAAAAAAUUCAUGCCAAGAUGUUUCCACAUGCUUUUCCCAAAGACAACAUGUAUCAUUGAUUGUACAGAAUUCUUUAUUGAAAAGCCAAGAUCACCAUCAGCUCAAAGUUUGACAUAUAGUUCAUACAAACAAAGGAACACUUUCAAAGCUCUAAUCAGCAUUACUCCAUCUGGUUGUAUUAAUUUUGUUUCAAAUCUAUGGAGUGGUAACACAUCUGACAAGUACAUAACAAGAGAAAGUGGGUUUUUAGAUAAUAUUAAACCUGGAGAUGAGGUUAUGGCAGACAGGGGUUUUUUGAUAAGGGAUUUAUUAUUGGAACGUCAUGCAACUUUGAAUAUGCCACCUUUCACUCGAAAAUGUUCAUGGGGUAAAGGAAAACGUCUCAAUGCUACUGAAAUAAAGAAAACACGGAAUAUAGCGAAACUUAGAAUACAUGUGGAAAGAGCUAUUGAGCGAUUGAAAAAUUUUCAUAGUUUAUCAAACACAAUGCCCUUAAGUUGCAAGCCAGUAGCAAACCAGAUGCUGAAGGUCAGUGCCUUUCUGUGUAAUCUUCAGAGACCAUUAGUGAGAAAGUGAUUACUGUCAUCAUGCAGACAGUCAUACCUAUCCAGGAAUCAAUCAUUAAUCAAUAUUUCAAUUUGCUACAAUAUUUGAUGUUAAAUUAUUAUAUUGUACAUCAAUUUCCUUUUUCGCGAUAUAUGUUUGGCCUGCAGGUUAAAGGUACAUGUAUUUCCUGUACUUUUUUAAAGAUGCACAAUAUUAUACAGGUGUUAACAUAAUCAAUUAUAUUUUUUUUCCAAAGCCAACAUUCUAAACAGACUUUUUGAAGCUUAGCUAGUUUAUAUAUUGUACAAAAUAAGAAGCUGUGAAACUUCUUAUGAUCUAUAACAUACCUGGUAAUCAUUUCAAUACAAUGAAUUUUUGAAUGAUACUUGUAACAUGAAUUCAUUAUGGUAUGAUAGAUAAUAAUUAAUCAUAAAUCAACUAGCUUAUGAAUUUCAUUUGAACAAUACAAAUUUUGAUUAUUUGAAUAUGUCUGUGUCAUUAUUCUUGUUUCAUUUAGCUGUUCUGCAUUACAUAUACAUAAUUAUACAAGUAUGUAUUACUGCAUGUACUUAUCUGGCAAUAAGCAAAUGACUAGUAUACUAAACCCAUCCA